GUUGAGUUCGUGACCCCAACACAGGUGUCAUAAAUUAAGACAAAUUUUCUCUCGAAAGGUUAAAGACGACUAGGAGAAUAAGACUGAGUGUUGUUUUCGAUCAUUUUCUUUGACAGUUCCACCAUGGCGUUUUCUCUGAGAGAAAAUCCCAGACUUCUUAACUGCCUGGAUUCCGACAUCCCAGCCCUGUCCACAUGCAGCAAUGCAGACGCGUUCUGCAGGAUGAACACAAUGCUGGGAAAUUCACUGGACCUCAGUGGGGUGUGCACAACUCCUACUGCCAAGUGCAAGCGGGAUCCUUUUCAUGAUCGUCCGGAGUCGGACCUGUCUGCGGUCCGGAGCAGGAUGCUUUUCCCCACCAGUAGCCAGGAUUUGUCCAGGGGUCUGACUGACAUCAAUAACUGGGACUUGGGCCUACAGUCCCUCAGCCUGUCUGACUGGGAGAGGCCGUGGAGCAGCCACGAUACAGAACAUUCUUCACAGACCACCGCCAGCUCACUGCAAAGUGUUUUGGGGGGCACUCCCAGCCAACUCUCAAACAAGCUACCAAGUUUCUCUGACUCCUCGAUGGGUGCCACAGACUUCCUGGAGAAGUUUCCAGGCAUGGCACGCUUAAAUUCUCAGUCUUUCCUGGACUCUCACUCCAUAAGCCCCAUAGAUUCAGAGACCAGCGGAUUCAGUUCUGGUUCAGAUCACCUCUCAGACCUGCUGUCCUCUCUUAGGAUCUCACCGUCAGUGCCGUUCCUCAUGUCCAACAUGCAAAGGGAUCCUCUCAAGCUUGCUCUGGGCUCUCGUUUGGACCAGAGCAGUUCUCCUCUCACUCCACCGCCCAGUGCCACUCUGAGUGGUGGUCUGUCCCACCGCUGGCCUGGUGCCUCCAUUUGGCCCAACUGGGACCUGAUGAAGACCCCUGAGAGCCCCUUUAGCAUUGAAAGAGAGGCCUGGCUUCACAGACAGGCAGCAUCCAUUAAUGAAGCUACCUUCACAUGGAGUGGACAGUUGCCUCCCAGACACUACCAAAAUCCCAUCUACUCCUGCAAGGUGUUUUUAGGAGGCGUUCCCUGGGACAUUACUGAAGCGGGAUUGAUAAACACUUUUAAAUGCUAUGGCCCUCUGAGUGUGGAGUGGCCAGGUAAGGAUGGCAAGCACCCUCGCUGCCCUCCGAAAGGUAAUAUGCCCAAAGGUUACGUAUACUUGGUGUUUGAGUCGGAGAAGUCUGUUCGUGCCCUGCUGCAGGACUGUACUGAGGACCUGCUCCAUCCUGAGGGUUACAGCGAGUAUUACUUCAAAAUGUCCAGCAGAAGAAUGCGCUGCAAAGAUGCACAGGUGAUACCAUGGGUGAUUUCCGACAGUAACUUUGUGAGUUGCCCCUCUCAGAGGUUGGACCCAAGGAACACUGUGUUUGUAGGGGCUCUACAUGGUAUGCUCAACGCUGAGGCCCUGGCCAGCAUCAUGAAUGACUUGUUUGGAGGAGUUGUGUAUGCAGGCAUUGACACAGACAAGCACAAGUACCCAAUUGGCUCCGGACGUGUAACCUUUAACAAUCAACGUAGUUACCUGAAAGCUGUGAGUGCUGCCUUUGUUGAGAUAAAGACACCCAAAUUUACAAAGAAGGUUCAGAUUGAUCCAUACCUGGAGGAUGCCAUCUGUCAAUCAUGCAGUCGUGAGCCUGGGCCAUUCUUCUGCAGGGAUAAGACCUGCUUCAAAUACUACUGUCGCUCCUGCUGGCAUAGGCAGCAUUCUAUGGACAUCCUCAGCAAUCACCGCCCUCUGAUGCGAAACCAGAAGAAGCGGGACAUCAACUGAAGCCACUCAUGGCAGCUCUCUGCCUCAGCCUGGUCGUCCAUUGCGCAUGCUCCCCCGGGAGCACUGCUCUAGAGUUGGUCUCCCCCAAAAAAAGCCCUUUCAGGAGUUGGGGCUUGGGGAAACACUGUAGA